AUGGUGGUGGUUAUGAUUAAGGAUGAUGGUGGCGUUGUGGUGGAGGUAGUGGUGGUGGUUGAGUAUGGUGGUGGCGGCGUCCAAGAAACAAAUGUGAUUCCACCAGGUGCAGGUUUACUCUGCAUAAGUGAUUGUGCUACAUGUCCUGUUAUUUGUUUAUCACCACCUUCACCAUUGGACUUCAAGCCACCACCAUCAUCACCACCACCACCGCGGCGCCUCGUUCUCCAGCCAUCGCCACCGGAGUCGCAUUGUUCUGAUGCAUCACCACCACCUUCACCAUCUAAUAUUGUGUCGGUUGGUGCUACUACUACUCCGCCACCUCCUUCUAAUUACUCCAACAUUCCAGCAACUCAGGCGCCACCAGCUAAGGGUCAAAAGAAUUACACUUAUCCUUACUACGACUUCUAUGUUAUUUCCAAAGAGGAUUCUCUUCAACUUCACAGCUCUAUUGUUCUUGCUUUUUUGGUGUUCUUCCAUUCUUGUUGA